AAAAGGAAGCAAUACAACGAAACACCUCUCGCACUCUUUCUCUUUCAAAGUUUAGGGCUAACUCUGUCUUUUCACUCCUUGAACGCAUUCGAUCAGCAAUCGCGAAUAAACGGACACAACCAGAUUAAGCAACGAAUUACCACAAAGUGCUUCAAAUCAAGAUAAAGCCUCAACAAUAAGAAGAAUUACCAGUGAUAUUAUGUGAUGGACUUGUCCUGAAUGUAGAGACGACAAGUCAAAGAUCUGUAUUUACUGUUAUGUGUAAGCGCAGAUGAAAGGAGGAAAUAUUUGUAACUUCAAAGGGAGGCAUGUUUCUGUAGCAGUAGCCCUAGUUGCUCUUGUUAUUUUUAGCUCAUUAGUGUGGACAUCGGAAAGAAACCCAUUUGCCACGACUUUAAGAUCAGCUCAAGAAUGGUACUACUUACCUACAGAAUUUUCUGCGGAGGUCCCGAUUGAUUCAGUGGGAAUUACAAAGCCAGAAAAAGGUGUGGAAAUGUCCUUAACCCCCUUCAUCGAAAAUGGAACAAAACCACAACUUGGUAUCGACGGUGCAGCAGCCAUAGAUUCUAUACGUCCAGAAUCUCCGGAUAUUCUAUACAAUCAAGAUUCGAAUUCUUCUUCCAGAAAUGAAGCUUGUGAUUAUGCCAAGGGUAAGUGGGUUGCAGAUAGCAGGAGACCACUUUAUUCUGGUUUCAGCUGUAAGCAGUGGUUAUCAGUAAUGUGGUCAUGUAGAAUGACACAAAGACCCGAUUUCUCAUUUGAGGGAUAUCGCUGGCAGCCGAAAAGUUGUGAUAUGCAAGAGUUUGACCGGUCCAAGUUCUUGACAAAGAUGAAGGACAAAACAAUUGCAUUCAUAGGUGAUUCAUUGGGCCGGCAACAAUUUCAAUCUCUGAUGUGUAUGGCCACUGGUGGAGAAGAGAGCCCAGAAGUUGAAAAUGUUGGAUGGGAAUAUGGUCUCGUAAAACACCGUGGAGCUAUACGUCCUGACGGCUGGGCUUACAGAUUUCCCAAGACAAAUACCACCAUCUUAUAUUAUUGGUCAGCUAGCUUAUGUGAUCUUGUGCCUCUCAACAACACAGACAAACUUAGCGACGUUGCCAUGCAUUUAGACCGCCCACCCGCUUUUAUGAGGCAGUUUCUCCAUCGCUUUGAUGUUUUGGUUCUCAAUACAGGACACCACUGGAACCGUGGGAAGCUCACUGCAAAUAGGUGGAUAAUGCAUGUUAAUGGAAAACCAAAUGAAGACAAAAUGACUGCAGAAAUUGCAAAUGCCAAAAACUUAGCUAUCUACAGUGUAGUCAAAUGGCUUGAUUUGCAACUUGUUUCGCAUCCCCGGCUCAAAGCUUUCUUCAGGACUUUAUCACCUAGGCAUUUCUUCAAUGGGGAUUGGAAUACUGGUGGGAGCUGUGAUAACACUAUCCCGUUAUCAAAUGGCAGUGAGGUCUCACAGGAAGGAUCUAGUGAUCCAGUUAUUGAAGGUGCACUGAAUGGUACAAAGAUUAAGAUACUCGAUAUAACCCCUCUUUCGCAAUUGAGGGAUGAGGCUCACAUGUCCCGCUACACUCUUAGAGGAACUCUUAACUCUAGUGAUUGUUUGCAUUGGUGCCUGCCUGGAAUUCCAGAUACAUGGAAUGAACUCCUAGUUGCUCAGAUAUAGUGUCUUUCACCCCUUCCCUCUUUCUAAUAUUGUUUUUUGGGAAUCAGAAUUUGUCUAUUCUUUUUGGGAAUCUGACCAAGUAUUCUUGGGCAAAUGUAUUUCACAAUUUACUCUCACUGAAUAGUGAAUAGGAUUAUAGGGAGAUCAUAUUAUUUUAUUUUACUCAUUUUCAGUGUGAACAUUUAGGUGAGCUUUGAUAUGUUUUGAACCAAGAGACUAGUAAGGAGUCAAAGGACAUUAAUCGGCGAGGCAUGAGCUAAAUACCAUCCGCAUUGCCCGAGAUAUGACAUGCUCUUUAUCACCAAUUUGAAAUAAUUUUGUAUCAAUGUGUAUGUAUGAUAACAGGUUUCAUAAAGUAAAUAUAUUGGUCUACACAAAUUUUUGGGGU